UUUCCUUAAGUUAUAGGACAAAGGGCCGGAGAAGGUGUCUGCAUAGUAAUUAAUUUCUUAAAAUUACUGCUUUUUAUUAAUAUUAAUAAUAGUUUAAGUAAAGUUAAUAAAAGGGGCCGUUUAUAAAAUUGGUACCAUUAUUAUGUUAGUGUACAAUUAUUAUAUUGUUAAACUAUAACGUAUUUUUCUGAAAACGUAUAAGCUGAUUUUCUAGAUCACAUUUUUCAAAUAAAAUUAGUUUUGUUUUUCAAAUACAUUAGCCUACUGUUUUAAUUAAACCACUGGGUUUGCCAUUGCAGCCCGGGCUAUAGUUAGGGUAAGGCUACCAACAGCAGGCCUGUUUAGCUGUUUAAACACAUUUUUUGCUUGGAAUUCUCAAUAAAAUCAGCCCAGCCGUUGGUCUGGUUCGGAUGUAGUUCAGCGUUGGGCUGGUUUACCAAACGAAGUUACUAAAAUGUUUUUACCAUUAAAGUUGAUUAAAUCAAUAUUUUCUGAAUGAAAUAUUAAUAAGAGACACUUAAGCAAAAUAUAAUUUAUCUGGAAACAACUCAAAAAGAGGUGGGAUGAACUUUUCUAAAAUUGCCUGGAAUCCACCCUCUCUUCAGGCUGAAGACCACCUCCAACCAAACCCACCUCAGAGCGGCUGUCCGCCCCUCAGCAUCCAACCUGCGCCACUUUGGCCCCUGAGCUGAUCACUGGGACUCCACAGCAGGAUUACACUUCCAACAUCUCGGCUCGGUUUCUGUGUACUCCAGGCAUGCAGGUGAUAACAUGCGCGCUGAUUGCACUCGCCUCCCUCCCCAUCAGCGGCUCCGGCUCGGAGGCUGACUCCUGCCCCGCGGUGUGCAAGUGCUCAGAGUGGGAGACUCUCACCAUCUCCUGCGCGGACAUAGAGACUCUCCCGAGGUUUCCAGCCAGCACGGAGACGCUAUGGCUUUCUGAGACCCGUCUGUCGUCUGUGCCAACAGAUGCUUUUGCCAGUAUGGUCAACAUCUCAAGAAUAUAUCUAUAUGUGGACGUGAGGCUACAGAGGCUGGAGAGGCACUCCUUUUAUAACCUGAGGAGAAUCACCCACAUAGAGAUCCGAAACACAAAACGUCUGAGCUAUGUUGACCCAGAAGCUUUUAAACACCUCCCAAACCUCAAAUACUUGGGUAUUUUUAAUACUGGCUUGACUGUCUUCCCUGCUUUGAGCAACAUCCACUCAAAUGACAUGAACUUCAUUCUGGAAAUUGUUGAUCAUCCCUACAUCACAGAAAUCCCAGCCAACUCCUUCCGUGGCAUCACGAGUGAAGUGCUGACAGUAAUGUUGUAUGGAAAUGGCUUCAGAGAGAUCCAGCAUCAUGCCUUCAACGGGACAAAGCUAGACCAUGUUGACCUUCACAGGAACAAGUUUUUGACCAGGAUGGAUACCAAGGCUUUUGCAGGAACCAUCAGUGGCCCCAUGCUUCUAGACGUGUCCCAGACUGGGAUCACAUCCCUGCCCUCUACAGGCAUGGACUCUCUGCGGGAGCUGAAGGCACGCGAUACCUGGGCCCUUAAGAAGCUGCCUCCCAUCAAAACCUUCAAACACCUGACCAUUGCAAACCUGACCUACCCCAGCCACUGCUGUGGCUUCAAAAAUCUCAAAAAGAAACGGGGCUUUUUAGAGUACAUCAUCUGUAACCUUACUGCGUUCUAUGACCAGCAUCGCAAGCGCUCUGUGGGGCCUCUUCACAUGCUGUCCCUUCAGGGUGACGGUGCUGUAGAAACACCUCCAGACCUGGAGCAGAGCAGCAAAGGUCACAGAGAGUCCCAGCAUGUCUGGAGGACAGGAGACUUCCAUGGCAGCCUCCACCACCACACCUUCUUUGAGGGCAAACAAGAAGAGGAAGUGGGGUUUGGAGAGACCCUCAAGAACCUAGAGGAGGACAACAGCCAGGACUUUGACAGUCGUUAUGACUACGUGAUGUGCGAGGAAGGAGAGGAGGUGAGAUGUUCGCCAGCGCCUGAUGAAUUCAAUCCAUGCGAGGACAUAAUGGGCUUCGGUUUUCUGCGAGUGUCUGUGUGGUUUGUGAGUUUGAUGGCUGUUUUGGGAAACAUGGUGGUGCUCCUGGUGCUGCUCACCAGCCACUAUAAACUUUCAGUCUCCCGCUUCCUCAUGUGCCACCUGGCCUUUGCAGAUCUGUGCAUGGGGGUUUACUUGCUGCUCAUCGCCUCGGUGGACAUCCACACUCAGUCUGAGUACUUCAAUCAUGCCAUAGACUGGCAGACAGGUCCUGGAUGUGGACUUGCUGGGUUUUUCACAGUCUUUGCCAGCGAGUUGUCUGUGUACACACUGACAGUGAUCACACUAGAGAGGUGGUAUGCCAUCACCUUCGCCAUGCGUCUUGAUCAGAAGCUGCGUCUACACCAUGCUGCAGCCGUCAUGUUGGGUGGCUGGAUCUUCUGCCUCCUCCUGGCCUUGCUCCCACUGGUUGGUGUGAGCAGUUAUCAGAAGGUCAGCAUCUGUCUCCCAAUGGAUACUCAGUCCACAGCAGCUCAGGUCUACAUCUUGUUGGUGUUGCUGCUGAACAUUUUUGCUUUUUUCGUUAUUUGCGCUUGCUACUUCAAAAUCUACUGCGCAGUUGACAACCCUCACUACCAUUCCGGAUCCAAGGACACCAACAUCGCCAAGCGCAUGGCAAUUCUCAUCUUCACAGACUUCCUAUGCAUGGCCCCGAUUUCCUUCUACGCCAUGUCAGCUGUACUGGACCGGCCCCUCAUAACUGUCUCCAACUCCAAGAUUUUAUUGGUGCUCUUUUACCCGCUCAAUUCCUGUGCUAAUCCAUUCCUUUAUGCUAUCUUCACCAAGGCUUUCAGAGGAGACAUAUUCAUCCUCCUCAGUAAGAUUGGUCUAUGUCAACAGCGAGCACAGCUGUUUAGAGGCCAGACCGUCUCAUCAAAGGGCAGCAACGGGACUUCACAGGUCCGUCGAGACAAGGUUAGGAACGGAGGAAGCAUCAAUCAAGAAGAACUACCCCUCAGCCAGAGAACAAACACAAAGGAGAGCCAAAGACUGGACACAUGAGCCCAACACCUGCUGUAAAGGGAGACACAUUCAGGAGGGACUGGCUUAAGGUGUUAGAGGACCGAUCUGUUGGAACUACAACAGAAAAUUUCAGUUUUCUGUAUCAGUUUCAGUUUGGAGACCAAGUUUCAUCUGCUUUCAGCUGUGAUGAUUUUAGGAUUAUACUUGUUGGAAGAUAUCAAGUGUCCCAGUUUUAGUCUCAUUGUUUGUUGGAAUUGCUGGAAUAGUACCAACUUUUUCACAGGGAAAGAAAAACGAUAUAAAAAUUACCUUUUUGAGGCCUAUUGGUUGUACCUGAUUAUUGUGUUCUCGGGUCUGCGGGUGCAACUGUGGGAACUUCAUCCAGCUUGUUAAAACACAAAAACACACAGUGUCUCUUAUUAUCACAGUAGCUGUGUUUAUUAUGUAAGUAUACAAUGAAAAUGUAUGGAUGAGAAAAGGACUCUUUGCUGCUUUAUUCCUUUUUGAGUGUUUUCUGAGAAAUAACCAUGGUCAUGUGUUUUAUGGUUCAUUGCUGGACAUAGUUUGACAAAUAUCAGAUGCAUUAUAUUAUCAGAGUGGUAAAUAUUCUGUCUACUUUUGUUCUUUAUGAAAAUGAUGUCAGGAAUUGCACAUUGAUCUAGAAAGUUCUUUUUCACUCAUUUUAUUAUUGGCAAGUUUCUAUAUAUGCAACUGAAAUGUGUUUAAAAUCAUAAAUCUAAGCUGUCAAAACUGCUUUUCAUUUUUCUUAGAUUGUGUCUGUUUUUAUUGUGCAAGUGUUUAAUCAUGGAUGACUGCUGCCCCCCAAAAAUACGUCAAUCUCAAAUGUCAAAACUGUUUCUUCCCUAAUAUGAUUUUUGAAAAUAUCUCACCUCCCACUCGUGAGUCCCGUGAUUUGGGAGUUCCAGACUUUUGCAAAAGUGAAAUAAAUGUAACAUGAAGGAUACUUAAAGUAAAUCUGUUUCAAACUCGCUCACCAUUCUGUAAUGGUUUAUUUUACAUGUUAUUUAAUAAGCCAUAAGACAUGAGAUUCCACAGUAAAUAUGAAAUCAAUCCUAUGGAUCUGUGGAUACUUUUAACCAGAAGACUGGAACUUUUUAUUGCAGGGAUUAUGUAACACUUCUUAUUGACUGAGAGACAACAGAAGAGAGAGUCAAGUUUUAAAAGUUUAAAGAUUUAUUACUAAACAAAUUAAAACUAGACUAACUUUAACACUAAACGUAUGGUGUAACUAAGGUGAAGUGAGACGGAGAAUGGUGUAGUGUGGAAUGUUGUUCAGAACCAGCAAAUCUAGAGAAACGAUUAGUUCUGGUGGGAAUGAAGGUGAUGUCUUUCAUUCUAAGCUUUGAUUAGGAGAUUCAUAAACACAUUCGACCCCAUGUUGUCGCUCCACACAUACCGUUAGAAUGAGACCUCCGUACAGAUCCAGAAUGCCAGGUCCUCGAACCCCCUUUCGGUACCGGAGCCGAUGAAACAGCGCCAGCAGUUCGAUUGACUAGUCUUUGGAUUUUCUCCAGGUAAAAAGCGACAGUUGGUUGACAGCGUCAGAUGGACACAGAAGGUCAGUGAGUUCAGCUUUUAUUCUGAAAGGAACCAUUGCAGCAGGUGGAACAGCAACAGAUUUUAUCCAGCUUGUCGUUGGUUCUUUUGGCUGAAGAGGAAAGUUACGGAUUGGCCACUCCGACAACUUCUCUAGAACGCUUUGAACUGGUGUUAAAGAUGACGUGGGCAUAGUUUUAUACUUCGGAUGUUUUGGUUUAUGGUCGAAUGAAAAGAUGACACAUUUACCAAGCAUCAUCAAAACCACGCCUCCGUCAGAUCUGGCAGAUUCUGAUUGGAUCAGUAAAAGCAAUGUGUCAUGUCUUAACACUACGUGAGAUCAGUCCUAGUGGAAACAUUUAAAGUCAUAUUACUUAUUAUAUUCUCUAGGAUUAUAAUAAAGUAAUUAAUAUUUUGAUUUCACAGAUUGGUCACA